UGCGCGCUCUGGCUCUCGCCUCGGAGUUACUGCGGUGGAGCGCUGGAUUCUUAAAAGUUAUCGAAUCUGAUUAACGGUACCGGGGUUCGGGCCCGGGUGGAUUCGGUUGUGUUGGAGUGGCCAGGGUCGUUUGUGUUGGUUUUAUAGUUUUUUGGGGAAACUUUGAGCAUGGAGACCCUAAGAAGUCUCUUUGCACUUCUGUGUGUGCUCCUGGCUGCUUCGCAGGCGCAGGUCCAAAGAUCCAGAUUUGCGGAAUGCCCUGUUGACCUUUUCUUUGUAUUGGAUACAUCUGAGAGUGUCGCCCUCCGACAGAAGCCCCCUGAAUAUUACAUAAACCAGAUCAAAGACUUCACCAAGCUGUUCCUAGAUGAACUCCGUGACAUUCGUCAUCGCUGUGACCGAUACUUGACCUGGAAUUCAGGAGCCCUCCACUACAGUGAUGAUAUCGAACUCGUGGGAGAGCUGAUGGACAUGAGCACGAGCAAGAAUCAACUGAAGACCAAAAUUGACGGCAUCAACUACAUUGGCAAAGGCACUUACACCGACUGUGCCAUCAAAAGGGGCAUUGCAGAGCUGCUUGUUGGGGGGUCCCACUAUCAUGAGAACAAGUAUAUUGUGGUGGUGACUGAUGGGCAUCCUCUGACCGGAUACAAAGAGCCUUGUGGAGGAGUGCAGGAGGCCGCUAACGAAGCCCGGCAACAUGGGGUCAAAGUGUUUGCUGUUGCCAUCUCACCUGAUCAAGAGGACACCAGGCUGUCAGUGAUCGCCACAGAUCACGCCUACAGACAGAACUUCACAGCAGCAGACGACUCCAGGUCGACCAACAUCGGGACAAUUAGGACCAUCAUUAAUAUGAUUACAAACGAGACAAAGGAUGUGUGCUGCUCAUUUGAUUGCAAUGCACCUGGAGGGGCGAAAGGUCCAGAUGGUGAUGUUGGCUCUAAGGGAGAAGUAGGCCGACCUGGAAUGCCUGGAGAGAAAGGAGAUAUUGGAGAUGUGGGCAGCAUUGGAGAUCCUGGUCCAGUUGGUUACAGUGGAAUGAAGGGAGACCGUGGAGGCAGAGGAGAGAAGGGUGAAAGAGGACAUAAAGGCUACAAGGGAGAUAAAGGCCUGAGAGGAAUAGAUGGCAUUGAUGGGCGCAAGGGUGAGCCUGGUUUUCCUGGUCUUCCUGGUUGUAAAGGAUCUCCGGGGUCAGAUGGUCUACAAGGAGAGCCGGGACCGAAGGGAGACCCUGGUUCUUAUGGACAGAAAGGAGCAAAGGGUGAUCCUGGACAAGACGGUGAGCCUGGACGCCCUGGAAACUCUGGUAAACUGGGACUACCGGGAGAUCGUGGGCCACCUGGAGCCGUUGGGGACAAAGGAGAACGCGGUGACGAUGGUGAACCAGGAAAGGAUGGAACCCGAGGAGAGAAUGGACAAGCUGGAGAGAAUGGGGAGCAAGGUUCUCGUGGAAAUAGAGGCCCUAGAGGACAACCGGGGGAGCCAGGCUCCCGUGGAGAGCAAGGGAGGGAGGGCUCAACUGGCCCCAACGGAGACACUGGUGAGCCUGGCAAACAAGGUGCUCCUGGCUACAGAGGUGAUGAGGGCGCCCCUGGACCAGAGGGACCCAAAGGGCCAAGAGGAAUCAAAGGAGCUCGUGGAGAGAGAGGCAUGAUGGGGGACCGGGGCGAAGAUGGUCCCCCUGGAAAUGGCACUGUGGGAUGUCCAGGUUUCCAGGGCUAUCGUGGCGUGCGUGGGGACGCUGGCGAGCCUGGUAGUAAGGGAACCCUGGGACCCAAAGGAGACGAUGGAGAGCCCGGAGAUCCAGGCCCUGAUAACAAUGAACCAGGGCGUCCCGGACUCAAAGGGGCCAAAGGCCACAGAGGACCUGAGGGCAAAGCGGGACCACCUGGGCCUCCUGGACCUCCAGGAAUGGAUGAAUGUGAGGUUCUGGAUAUCAUCAUGAAACUCUGCUCAUGCUGUGAGUGUAAAUGUGCACCCAUGGACUUGGCCUUCAUUGUGGACAGCUCGGAGAGUAUUGGUCUGGCAAACUUUGCUCUUGCUAAAGACUUUAUCAUUACAGUCAUCGACAGACUGAUUAAAGACCAACAAGUCAAGUUUUCAGGUAACGACUCAACUGUGAGUGUGGUUCAGUACAGUGGGUCCAGGGCUCAGGAGGUGGUCCAACUGGGAAGGAGCACCAACAGCCUCACCGAGUUCAAACAGAUGGUGAAGGACCUGCAGUGGCUGGCUGAGGCCACAUACACAGGAGAGGCACUGGAGUAUGCACUCCAAAACACCAUCAAGUUAAUGAGGAAGGAUAACAAAGUGGUGAUCGUUCUGACUGAUGGGCGCUCAGACACUUCCAGAGACCAAGUGCCUCUGAAUGUGCUCUGUGGAAAAGACAUAAGGGUUGGAGGGGUAGGGAUUAAAGAUUACUCCGGCCGUGUGCCUAACCGGGAGCAACUGGAGGAUGUGGUGUGCCAAAGUGACACCAAGAAGCCAGGCUUUUCAUUUGUUCGUGAAAACUUUGCCGAACUUUUGGAAGACACUUUCCUGCAGAACCUCACAUCCAAAAUAUGUCAAGAUAAGAAAUGUCCUGACUACAAAUGUUCCAUCACCUUUAAUCGAAACCAUGACAUCCUACUAAUGAUGGACAGCUCUGCCAGUGUGGGGCAGAAGAACUUUGAGACCAGUAAAACUUUCGUCCGUCGUUUGGCAGAGCGCUUCAUUGACCCAGAAAGGAAGAGUCCCGUAGUCCGUGUGGGCGUGGCCCAGUACAGUCGCAGCACCAAAAUGGAGCAGUCUCUGACAACCAACCUCACAGAGCUGUCAUACCGAGUGGAGCAGGCUGCUUUCUCAAACGAUGGCACUGAUUUACUCCAGGCCUUGGAUUUUGCCAUUUCUCGCCUUCCCGACCGUGGAGACACCUCCGGCAGCAAGAAGAAGGUGGUGCUGUUCUCCGACGGCAGGUCCCAGGAUGUGACUGCCGCCGCACUCUUAGACAAAGUCCGUAAAGUGGCAGGUGCAAACCUGGAGCUGUUUGUGAUAGCGGUGGGCAGCCAGGUGAACGAGGCCAACCUGCGCGUGCUGGUGAGCCAAGGACAGCCUGACAACACCUCCUAUGCCCAGCGCCACCUGUUCAGAGUGGCAGACUACCCCUCUCUGCUCCGCGGUGUUUUCCACCAAACCGUGUCUCGCAGAGUAGCCAUGUCCUAAAGCAGAACUGUAAACAACAUCUUUACAUCUUUAGUCCCAUGAUUAUUCACUUUCCAUUUACAAGACACUGUGCUCAAGUUCAUUGAAAUGUUACAUAGAUGACAAAUGAUUGUGUGGUUGGCCAAUAAAUGUAAACUUUUACCCUGAGUUUUGCCUUCAAGCUUGGAUGUCCAGCAUAGACGUAUAUUUUUCAGUUAAUUUUAGCUGAUAAUAACAUACAUCAUGGUGCUAUAUUCUUGUACAGACUCUUAGCAGACUUCUUCGUUUUAAGGCAAAGUUCAGGGUUGAGGUCAUCAGAUUUUGUUACUUUUAGAAUGGUGUGUAACUUUUGAUCAGAUCUGAACUCAGGUAUUCUGCAUCCUGGAUCACUAUCUAACCUUAACAGGCCAAACCUAACUUCAUAAUUGCAUCAAAUUAACCAAUUUGUCCUUGCGUUCAAGUGGUGGAUUCACAUUUCCCUUAUGUACUUCUUUAGUAAUCAUAAUUUCACUGCAAAAAAGCCAAAUUAAAUCACCUGAGACAUAGUUAAAAACAUUCAGGGCUGAGCCAUGGUCACUUAAGCCUCUCUUUAAGCACUUCCACACCACUUGAAAUCGCUAUUAGAUUGGCUAAUUUAAAAAAAACAUGACCUUUAACCUAAGACUGAUGAGGACCCAACAGCUGUGAAUGUGUAUGUACUGACCUGUGCUAUAGUGUACUGCUUUUGCACGGAUGGAGGUAAUUUUCACUCAGAACCCUUGGGCAAUGUUACGUAAACAGUGGAGGGACCCCUGAUUGAAAUGGCAGAAAGCUGGUCCCCAUUUACUUCUGUCAAACACACACCUUGAUACUUCAUCAAUGACACAGGAGAACACAUCAGACACAAACAUACAGCAUUGUACUGGGUCUAAGUCUCUAUUGAUCAUAUUAAAUCUGUACACUUAAAUACAAUUUAAGCUCUCCAGCCCUCUGUGCUGUAAGAGCCCCCCAAUAAAAGUUGCUACACCAGAA